AUGAUAUCACCGGACAGUAAGUGCAUGUGUUUGGACGAGAGGGCCAACGGGUACGCCAAAGGGGAGGGCUGUGUCACAGUUCUGGUGCAGCGCCGGGAUGUCGCCAAACGUAUGUACGCCGCGAUUGUUAACAUUAAGUCCAAUAACGACGGCUAUAAGAAGGACGGCAUAACGUUUCCGAGUUGGGAGCGCCAGUACACUGUCAUCAGCGGCACGUACGCCGAGUGCGGUGUGGAUCCGGCACAGGUAGACUACGUGGAGGCCCAUUGCACCGGCACUAAAGCCGGAGAUCCCGUUGAGAUGCGAGCUAUCUAUGAGGCUAUGGGUAAAGGCAAAAGGGAUAAGCCAUUGAUGAUCGGCGCUCUCAAGUCAAACAUAGGGCACACGGAGGGAGCGUCUGGUCUGUGCGCCGUCACGAAAGUGAUCCUCACGUUUGAAAACGAGUUGAUCGCAGCGAACCUACACUUCAAAACACCCAACCCUAACAUCCCGUCCCUCAUCGACGGCUACAUUCAGCCAAUUAACGAGAACACGGUAUUUAUCGGCGAUUUGAUUGGUCUCAACAACUUUGGGUUCGGCGGCUCUAACACCCACCUAAUACUGAGAUCACCCAAAAUCAUGGCACCGGUAGAUAAUGGCGCGAUAGUGGACAGGUAUCCGCGUUUAGUACAGAUGUGCGGCCGAAACCAGGAGUCGAUUCACUACUUUUUUGAUAAGUUAUUUGAGAAGCCGUCGAAAAUAAGUCGAGAUUUACUUCAUUUGAUUAACGAAUUGUCCAAAAGUACACCCUUUGAGACCUACACCGGGUACCGACCCAUGAGAUACCGGGGCUUUACGCUAAUUAGCGACAAGUCUGGUAGGGGAUCGGUACUGAAAUACUCGGAAAUUGUGACACAAAAAGUGGCUAAACAUGAGAAACAGAUGUGUUUCGCGUAUACGGGAAUCGGUUCUCAAUGGCCAGGAAUGGCUCAACAGUUGAUGUCUUUCGAUGUCAUCGCGGAGUCGAUACACAAUUCAGCGCUCAUUAUGAGAGACAAUGGCAUCGAUUUGUUGCGGUUAUUGACACAAAACAACUCCGAUAUGAAUAAGUCUGCACUCAAUUCAAUGGUAUCGUUGGUCGCCAUUCAGAUGGCGUUAACCGAUCUGUUGAAGCACUUGGAUAUGACCCCUGACCGCAUACUCGGCUACUCGACGGGUGAGAUAGUGUGCGCCUAUGCGGACAGUUGUGUCACCGGACGGGAGGCCCUCAGUAUUGCCUACUAUUGCGGCAAAUUUAUCGAUAAAAUCGGCGAUAAAAAGGGUUUGAAACGAAAGUUUGAUGCACUCAAGAGGGAAAACCUCAGCAAAUGUUUGGAUCAGUACUACGAGGAAGUGGUGGACAGCACCGACAUCGAUGCCAACGUCGAGACACUUCUUAAUGCCUUGAAUGCGAUCAUUGGCGGCGACCGCAAGAAGUCCGGCAAAUGGAUCACUAAUACCACUCAUAAAACUGAGGACUCGGAGUAUAUUAACGGCAAAUACUUUAUCGAUAGCCUACUAAUGCCGGUGCUCUUGAGGCACACGUUCAAUGGUGUGGCCAAUGAUGCCGUUAUCGUCGAGAUAUCCGCCGACUCUCUACUCGAGAGUGAGAUUCAAAACUUUAGUCCAAAUUAUACAUACAUUCCUCUCAUGAGACGAAUGUCUGACAGUUCAGAGACACUGUUGACUAGUUUCGGGCGAUUAUACGGACAGGGAUUUAACGUGAAGAUCGAGAGGUUGUAUCCAGUGGUGAGCGAACCGGUAUCCACUGGCACUCGCAUACUCUCCCCAUUCAUCAAAUGGGAUCACAAUAAGUCCUAUAGACUGACCAAAUUUCCCGAUUAUUUCAAUUUCCUCAACAGUCGUGAGGACGAGUCCUAUACCAUCGACUUUAUGGAUAAAAACGAUCUCUACGUAAGAGACCAUUGCAUUGACGGCAAAAUACUGGUGCCGGCGACCGGGUAUCUACUGUUUGCGUGGAAAUCGUUGGCUUUCCAUAAGAAGAUCUCAUACAAAGACUUUGUGGUGGAGUUCCGAGACGUGCAGAUAUACAGAGCGACUCCCAUACAGAAAACCGGCAAAAUCAAGCUCUACACGAGUCUGGACCCGCGCACCGGUAGGUUUCACAUCGUGGACAGCGGUACGGUUGUGGUGAGCGGAACCAUACGCGAGAUCAACGCCACAGACAUGCAAUACAAGUCAGUGUUUCAUGAGAUCAAAGCCAUGGAUGAGACGAAUGGCACACAUAAUGAUCGGCCGAUUGUCAUGAAAUCCAAAGACAUUUACAAAACGUUGAGAACUCGUGGAUAUAAUUACGGCAAAAGUUUUCAAUGUAUACAACAGUGUCGUGAGAUUCAAAACAUGUAUGUCUGGGCGCACAUCCAGUGGUGCGAUAAUUGGGUCACGUUUUCCGACUGCUGUCUCCAAACAUACAUAUUGGGCAAGAAGUCUAAGCAACUACUGGUGCCGGUGGCCAUAGAGCUGUUCCGAUGCGACCCGAAGGUCUUGUUUCGCAAACCAAAAGCUGAGUUUAAGGUCAUAUUUGACCCGCACUUGAAUAUCGCGGUCACCGACGGUCUGGAGAUCCGUGGCGUGAGAGCCAGUCCUCUGCAGAGGAACACCAACUCACAGAAGCCGGCGCUCCGGAGCUAUGGUUUUGUGCCGUUUGACGAGUAUUUCAUUCACGAAAACCACAAUUCAUUCGCCAUUUACCAGAAAAUUUGCGAUGAAUUGGCCCUAAAAUUGGCUAAUAAUGAGUCGGCAGUCGGAAAGUCGUUAUCUAAAAACGAUUCACAACUCAUGAGUAAAAUAUCUGAAGACUCGCAGACUUUAUACAAACUUCUAAUAGAUUUUACUGAUAAUAAAAGUGACAUAAAUCUGGAUAUCAUUGAAAGGUUGGACAGGGAUAUGAUGUACUCAUCAUAUGGUGAUCACAAUUAUCUUCGCUCUCAACUGACUAUAGUUAUGGAGAAUAGGAAUGAAUUGAAUGGCAAUCGAUUGGAUGUACUCGAAGUGAACGAUAGCUCAGCUCUCAUGUACGGCACCGUUAUGUCGGGUUUGGAUAUAUUUCAGUACAGUCUCGACAUUCACUACACUCUAUGGCAAACAAAUCCUCAGAAAACGAGACAACGAGACGAUCACAAGUUGUAUUCAAACACAUUCACACUCCAGGAGUGGUGUAUCGGACCGGAAGUGAGUGACGGAUCCACUGAUCUGAUUGUCUAUAAGGAUGAGAGUGUCUGUCAUUUGAGAGACAAUGAGUUGAAUACUGAGUUAAACACAUUAAUGGCUAGUUUUUGGCAAAAACUCACCGAAAAUGGAUUUUUAAUGAUUGUAUUGAAGAAUAAGUUGAGUUUCGCCGAGAAAUUCAUUUGCAAUACGUUUGGCCUUAAGAUAUAUAACCAGUCGCGUCGGGAUCUAAUCGUAUCUGUGGCACAAAAUCUUGGAUUUUCUCUCAUUUCCGACAAAAUUGAUUGCUUUUCAAUCAAUUCGCUAUUAUUUCGUAAAACAAACGGUGAACUGAUUGUCGGAAAACAGGUAUUCAUUAGAUUUUGUAAUGAAUACAAGAAUUGGUUCCAGAAUUUGCAGCAAGAAUUGAGACAAAUCGGUGACAAACCGUUGGACCAGAAUAUAUGGCUCGUAGCUAACGGUGCGGACGAGGGUUUGUUGGGUUUCAUGAAAUGCAUCCGAAAGGAGCCGAACGGGAAUCGAGUGAAAUGUCUGCAAAUAAUGACCACAAAUAGGGACCAAACCAGUGGUGAUAUACUUACCAACAAAACGGUUCACUUAAACGAUAUUAUCAAAAAGGAUCUGGCUAUUAAUGUGGUAGACGACGACAAAGUGGGUCACUAUGUGCUGAAUGAGCUACCGGUGCAGCCCUACCGAGUGGACAGUGAGCACUGUUUUCUGAAUCUUCGAAAUAGAGGCGAUUUGUCGUCGUUUGAGUGGUUUGAAAGUCAACACAAGUAUUGGCCGCUCAAUAGGAAAGCCAACCAAAAGUUGGUUCACAUCUACUACUCGGCUCUCAAUUUUAAGGAUAUUAUGUUAGCCACGGGUCGACUACAAUCGGAAUCACCUACGGGUGAGACGGAAUGCCUCAUUGGUUUUGAGUUCACGGGAACCGAUGAAAACAUGAAUCGCGUGAUGGGAAUGAUACCAUCGAAAGCCUUGGCCACUACUUGUGUGGUCAGGGAUCAGGACUUUCUGUGGCCGAUACCGGACCACUGGUCUAUGGAAGAGGCGGCUACCGUUCCCUGUGUGUACGCCACCGCCUAUUACGCCCUAAUAAUUAGAGGCAAAUUGAGGGCCAAUGAGAAGGUGUUAAUCCACUCGGGAAGCGGUGGUGUGGGACAGGCGGCCAUCAGGAUCUGCCUGAGCCUCAACUGUCGACUGUUCAUAACUGUGGGCUCGGAUGCCAAGCGCCAGUACCUCCAGAGACUGUUCCCGAGUCUGAGCGACCAGUGUUUCAGUACAUCCCGUGACUUAAGUUUCAAACGACACGUAUUGACACAAACGGAUGGUUUGGGCGUUGAUGUGAUACUCAACUCGUUGUCGGAGGAAAAGCUGUUCGCGAGUUUGGACUGUUUGGCCACAAACGGCCGGUUCCUGGAGAUCGGAAAAUACGAUUUGUCCAGAGAUAGUGUCUUAAGUAUAAGAAACAAACUUUUAAUCUUAAUUUUUAACACAAAACUUAACACCAAUUUGUUUGCCACGUGA